GACCAAGCACUCCGUCCAUUGCGUCCUCCAAACCUGCGAGAACAAUCUAGACCACCAUGGAAACGCCCACAUCAUUGACUUUGGAAGAUGUCCUGGCAUUCGAUUGGUUUCUCGCUGUAGCUGGAUCAUUCCUCUCCUUUGCAGACUUGCAACACCUAAGCUCCACCAGCAAAAAGUGCCGCGGUGGAGUUUUUGCAGGUAUCAAUGCCUGGCCAAGGAAUGGCAAGGAUCUCUUUUGGACUUGUCAGCGAGUGAAACCACCCAAGGUGCUGGUCAUGGGAGUGCAUUGCCGUGCUCAGAGCCCUGCCAGUUCUAUUCUGCAGUUUUCAUUUGGAAAAUUAGCAUUUGACACUAGCAAAGCACAAGUGGUAGAGGCAUGGAGUGAAUUGUAUCGACUACCAGCUCCACUCGAGCCCCCGACUGCUCCUAAACUUUGUGCUGCCGAUGAGAGUGGAUCUAAAAUCUUUCUUUGUGGUGGAGGCUUCUUUGGCUGCGAGGCCGCUCUCCUUGACGUCCAAAGUCGUUCUUGGACCACACUUCCCAACAUGCCAAGCCAUAAACCUAACGCAGGCAGCUGUCGGCUUGGGUCAAGGAUCUACAUCGUUGGCGGUCAAAUAGAUUACGCCAAUCACGGGGCCCUUAGGAUUGACCAGACGGUACAUUGUUUUGACUUGGUAGCGCAGGAAUGGGUGGAUUCGGGCAUUCCAGCGUUCCCUGGUCGUGCAUACAUGCAAUCUGCAGUGAUCGCCAGAGACGACCAUACCAUUGUGGUUGCUGGCGGCCGAAUGCUUUCUCAAACCCAACUGUUCAUGCCGUGCCGAGAAGUGUACUCCUUGGACGUCGAGUCGGGUGUUUGGACUAGAUUGGUGGAUUUGCCUGAGAGUGAUGAUGCUGCUGAAAAGAUAUCAUGUCAUGGUUUCUUGUGGAAGCGUGCUAGCACUGAAUCAACAACCUGUGUGGUAGCCCGUGGUUCGCAGACCGUACAGUUGCUUCCCAACGGCCAAUGGGAGGCCCUUCCAAGCUUCCGCCAGGAGAAGAGCGAUUCUUGUGUGGCAUGCAUUGGUGAUGCCCUUGUUUCCUUUUCAAGUAACGGUCAUGAACUCGUGCACCUUGAAACAGGAUUGCAAUGCGAUCUGUCGCCACAACAUGAUGAAAACGAUGAUAUCGUGAUGGCAGAUGGUAUGAAGCUGGUGGAUACUAAAGAGCAGCCAUUCUUUGCGAGACUAGAGUGCCUCAACAAGAUUGUACCGGUCUAUUCAAAGAACCAAGGAAAUGUGUGAGCAAUGGAUCCACAUCAGUUUGGUGGUUUGGUCAAGUCGUGUUUAUACCCCGGCGCUUCUUGCCUGAAUCUUCUUGGGUUCUCUGUUCGAGUGGGUCUGUCCCUGGUUCGAAGCCUCUUCCACCUUGAUCAAUGCACGGAAGUAUGACCUAGUGCGGCAUCCAAAGAUCCGUUCGCAGCAGCAGUUGCUGGAGAAGUCUAUGUGUUUCUCACUCCGUAACUAGCGACACUUUCUAUUUUCACCUGCGAGUCGCAGGACAACUAUAACUACUAUCAUUCACUUUUAAAAC